AUGACCCACUGCGACUUGGACGCCAUACGGCCCAUCACAGCGCCCAUCCACUCGUGGUUCACGUCGCCGGCGCGGACACAGCCCAAUGCUGCGCAGGCGAAGGAGUUGCCGCUACACCUGAUCCAGCUGAUCCUCACCCACCUCGACCAUGUUGGCGACCUUGCGCGCAUCACGCGCACGUCGCGGCUCUUCUACUACAUGACGCUGCCGCGGCUGUACGAGAGCGUCACGCUGCGCUCGCACGCCGAGAUGCGCUAUAUCGACGGGCGGCCCGAGGGCUUUGGCGGCGGCAGUCCCUUCUCGUCAGGGCUGAACACGCUCGUGGCGCGCAGCUUCACCGCGUACGUGCGGCAGCUGCGCAUCGUCGGCGAGUGGCGCGAGCAUGACGUGGACGACUACAAGCACGGGCGGGUGCCGGACAACAGCAUGGUGCUGCAGAUAGCCGUGCGCGCCGCCCUCGACAAGAUGACGAGACUCGAGGCCUUUGCCUGGGAGCUGAACACGAAGCCGCUGGCCACCGUCUACCAGGGCCUUUUGAACAAGCCCACCCUGACCUCGCUCACCCUGCGCUGCCAGACGAAGCGGCUCCCGCGCCCGACGACGACCAUCCCCUCACUGCCGACCCUGACCACGCUCGUCGUCUACGACAUCGACCCGCUGUGCUACCCGGACGACAUCUCGCUGGUUCUCGCCGGCGCCACGCGCCUCGAGAACCUGAAGCUGCACUGGAGUCCGCGCAUGCGCGAGCACGGCGAGGAGUCGGUCAACCUGAUGUCCAUGUUCGCCCGCUGCCUGGCGAACCGCGUCUCGCUGCCCGUCAAGCGCUUCGAGAUGUGGAACCUCUACACGCGAUUCUUCGGCGAGAGCAACGAGGACAUCUUCGACCCCCUGGCCGCCCAGGAGAUGACCGUCAUCAACUCCAUGGGCUCGUCCGACCCCAUGACUGUCUUUCUGGACGACACCUGGCGCCUGCAGCACAAGCACGCUGUGCAGCCCAACCUCAAGAUGAUCCGCACGGACAGCGUGGACAGGGAGGGCGUGCGCCUCCUGCGCGAGUUCACCGGUCUGGAGCGCUUGUACGUGGUCAGCAACAAGCGGCCGAAGGAGACCCCCAAGUCGUUGUCGGAGAGCACAGCCGCCACGCCGACGACUCCCUCUGUCGCAACACCCGGCGUCUCGACGAACGGAGUGACGAGCGCAGCAGGCACGCCGACCAUCAGCGAGCACCACUGUCGCGGCGCCGGAGGUGACAUGCUCGCCGCCAUCCAGACGAACCACCGCGGCAUGCGCCACCUCCUGCUGUCGGACCUGUGGCAGCUCACAGACGACGCGCUGUACAAGACGUGCCAGACCCUGCCAAAUCUCGAACAGUUAGGCUUCAGCUGCGGUGUUCCGCCCCUCGAGUCGCUGCGCCAGAUCAUGAACCUCGUACCAAAGCUGUGGGCGAUCCGCAUCCUCAUCCGCCCCGGCUCGGAGCUCGCAGACAAAGUCGACGCAACCAAGGACAUGCACGCCUUCGCCAUCGCGACCGAGAUGUGGCGGCCCGAGUACAAGAAUGUGCAGUACCUGGGCAUGGGCGAGCGCCUGGUGUACAAGCUGGGCAAGGUCACCUACCCGCCCAAGGGAAGCCCAGAAAUACCCAGAGGGCAGCAGAACAGCCUGAAUGCGAAGAGAGCAGGGCCAGUGCGCCACGUCGAGCGCGUCAGCAGGGACAGCGUCAAGUGGAUCGACAUCUGGGGCAUGGACUCGACCGAGUUCGAGGUCCCCUUUCGGUGA